AAUUGUUUCACUUUACUUAAAUAUUUUUAUUUAAGAAAUAAACCUAAGUAUAGUUCAUUAGUGUAACACAAAUUACAUUAAUCAAUUCACUUAUUAAAUGUAUUUAAGACAGAGCAACUCAAAAUGAAUUGUUUUCAUUGGGGACCGCCCCUUUGCACACCCCCUUUGCGUAUGCGCAACAUCCGUUCUGUCAUUUGCCGCCUUUUGUCUAACACUGACUGUGGAAACUGACUGGGGAAACUGACGGUGGAAAGUCUAUUAUUUGUUUGAUCAGCAUUAACAAGCACCUUGGGGAAACCUCUUAUUUAUGGUUAUGCAUGUGGCAGUGCAAACACUGCAGUUUGGAACUAGCUAGCAGAUUAAAAGGUGUUCCAUAACGGCAGGUCGGGCGCUUCUGCGCAUCAUCUUUGCCGACCAGUCUGACUCUAGACAACUGACCCUGGAUUCGGGAAUCCCAGCAACAGUUGAAGAACUGCACACAUUUGUCAAGACAUCUCUUCAAUUGAAAGAGGACUUCCGUCUGCAAUACAUGGAUGUUGACUUUAACGAGUUCAUGAAUCUUACAUCAGUGUCUGAAAUUCAGGAUAAAAGCACACUGAAAGUAAUUUACUCUCCUAUAUUGUCAAAUAUUGAGCCCUCCAUCACUUAGUACACAGUUGACUCAUUUGAUAAGACCUCAAUUACUGGAAGCUCAGAGCCUCUAAUCCCUGCAUCAUCAAUAGCCUCAUGCUGCAGUGAUGAUAUGGUGUAUACGUCAACCCCGCAUCCAUCCCCUGAAGCUCAGGCCUCACAAUUGUUAUCCUGGCCCACAGUUUUUGUGGUUCCUAAGCUCACCUACGAGGCUGAAUUUGAGCUUCAUCUACAGAAUGCAGAGUUUGAGACAACUGGUACAUACUUCCAGCCUGGCCUAAAGCUGAAAGGAGUCAUUCUUGAUGGCCUAGCCGAAGAAAUGAUCAAAUUCACAAAAUAUCCAAAAGACUAUCAGUGUGAAGAGGUAGCUGCAGCGUUGACGAGGGCCCACUCUUGUUUGGGGCAGCUAGGAUCCAAGAUUGGGGUGGAAACAGUCUCUUAAGUACAAAAUGCAAAACUAUCGUACAAAGCUUGGCCGUCUUGGACAUCCUGAAAUCCUUGUGAACUCCUUAAAGCACAAGAAAACAGGCCAAGGCAAAGCUGCAGCAAACAUAAAAAAAACCAAGAAAAGCUGAAAUAAACUACAUUCCUCUGCACCCAAAAGGCGAAACCACAGAAAGCUUGGAGAACGAGAGAAUUGCCUUAUUGUCAGAACUGAAAAAGCGUGACAAUGAAGUGGUGAUAAAAGCAAAAAUGGAAAAAACCUUCUCCCACAGACGCCUUGAGAUUGUGGAGCAAAGGCCUUUGAUAGGGGACUUCAAAUGCAGAUGGCCUGCUCUGUUUCAGCAGAGUGAAGUGAAUGCGGAGUUUUUGAGGAUCACAACAUCACCACUUCAAUCAAAGUUCAUGUGGCAGCUGGACCACUUCUCAGACAAGCUCUUGAAGAUCUUCAAGAUCAAAGGAGGACUAAAGGGCCACAAAAUCAAGGAAGCCCUUGCAAUAUCAGAUUUGUUUGAAAACAUCCACAUCAAGAGGGGGUGCAUCCUGCGAAGCAUCGCGAUCUACCUCAACGAGGAUCCAGACUCUUUUUUUAAGGAGUAUCAGGCCACUGCCUCUGAAGAUGCCAAGAGGGACAUGGCAAACACAGUCAUGGGCAUAUACACACUUCAAAGAGAUGUGGAUGGGCAGCCAGAGGACGUGGGAAUUGUCAUCGAAGGCAAUAUAGUCAUGGACAACUUGGGCAGCGUGAUUGUGGGGUUUGUCAUGCUAUUGGGACUUAUUUAUGCCCUAGAUUUGAGCUUUCCGGACAACCUCAAACACACCUUCGAGUUCAUGAAGGUAGUGAUGAAUCUGGAUGGGCACAAGCUGAAUGGUAAAAUCGAAAGUCUGAAGAUCAAGUUGUUCGAUUGAAAUGUGAAAAAGAAGUGACUCAUGAGUUCAUUGUUGUCAUUUUAUUCACGAGUUUCCUAAUCAGAGCAGAUUGAGCCGUUAUAUCAAUCAUUUGUUCUGUGCUUUUCUGUAUUUGUUUCAACACACUGUAACACUAUUUCCAUAUGUUGGUGCAGUGCACUCUUCAUGUUAUGUGUUAUUGUCCUGUUAGAAGAGCAGUGCAUACCCCUGUUAUAUUGUAUUCAUUGUAUUUGGCAAAGGGAGAUUUGUAAGUUAAUUAUAGGAGUUCCAUUUCUCUGCCAUUUUAAAAAUGGUAUUAUCUUUCAGAAAUGUUUUUCAUCUUUCAGUGUGAAUUCAUUCAUUUUAAAACACUGUAUUGAAUGGAAUGGAGGAUUGUUUUGAAU